AUGACGGUAAUGAUCCUAUUCACCGGGAACUUCCUUAGAGGGAUUAUCCGCUUCUUCAUGCCCAAGUGUAUUGUUACCAUUAACGAAAAGAACAAGUCGAUUCACGUGAUACAGAAGCGUCAGAACGGCUUAGUGAAUUUCAACCGUAGCUGGGCUGAGUACCGAGAUGGCUUCGGUGAUAUGACGGGAGAGUUCUGGCUUGGGAACGAGAUAGUCCGCCAGCUCACAUCGGAAGGCACUUGGGAACUUCAGAUGUUCGUAAAAGAAGCCAAAUACACGAUUAAAAUAAAGUUUGGAACGUUCAAGAUCGCAGGUGACAACUUCACACUACAUGUGAAUCCACUGAAACCAUGGCAACAUCAUUCUUCAACAGGUAACUCUCUCCCUGACGUUUCCUCAGGCCAGCAGUUCUCAACUUACGAUCGCGACAAUGACGCCGAUGGCAACGCCAAUUGUGCCGCUCAGCUGAAGGGAGGCUGGUGGUUCAAGACUUGUACUGGAGGAGUCGGGAAUGUGGAUCUCGUGCCGACUAACCUGAAUGGGGAGUAUUCCUAUCCAGUCAACUACACGGGGCAAGAUUACCGCGGUGUGAGGUGGGCUGGUGCGCUUGAGUUUGGUAACCAAAUAAUAUCUUGCCACCUCGCGAUUCGUAUGACUUAAGUUUCUUGGCCUGACCGUGAGGGCUUUUCGGUUUGGUAAGAAUAAAAAGAGCUGUUUGUAAGACUAAAAGAAAAUAAAGUGAACUUGUCGAAUUAUUAAUCAAGACUUGGUAUUACACGAAAAUAUAUUUGAACAAGAUGAACUGACGAAGAAACCAGUAAACUGAGAAUCUAGAGUUUAAGCCGUCAGUGUUAUUAUACAAUUACUUUGUAUUGGCUGUCAAUUGUAAUUGUCACCUGUAAAGCGCUUACAAACCUCAGGUUUACAGCACUGUAUAUAAGCACUACAUUUUACCUCCAUCAAAGAGGUUAUGUUGUCAUCAGCGUUGGUUAGUUUGUUGUUUGAUUUGUUUGUUUGUUGGUUGGUCGGUUGGUCUGAG